AUGAAGACUUACAGUUUCCUGAUAGUCCUUUUCCUCGCCAUGGUAUCAGUGAAUGCACGGCGUUUCCUUCACACCAAAGAGCACGUGAAACGCUUCUUCCGCCCAGAACACAGGCAGUAUCUUUCCGACACGACUAUGUUACAGCUCGAAGAUGAGAUGGAGGUGAAGAAGAUUCAGCAGGUACAGGAAGAUGACUCCACCAAGUGCCUGCCUGUCUGUGAGCCCGACUGUGAUAAAGUAGAUGUACCCGAUUAUUUAUUGGUAAGUAUAUUACUCAACAAUGUGCAAUUGCUUAGACGAUUUUCGCCUUUUUGGACAUAAGUAAAUAGGGCAAUAUCACAGUUUUGCCAUACCUUUGAAAAAUAUCUUAAGGUAAAAACGUUAUAAAAUGACGCCUUUAAUAAUUCUCUUUUCUCUUCCUUUCCAGGAAAACUCAAGUUUCCACAAAUUUGAAGAUACGCCCAUCAAAUGCGUGCUGGCUUCCACAGUUGUCUUCGAAAAGAAUCCUGAGUAUAAAUGCAAAUGGCUUGGUUUGUACUUGUUUGAUUGUUGCCGAGCCUGUAAUGCCGAAUACGCGAAAUGCCUCAAAAAACAUAAAGGUCUCUCCGGGGGACCUGAAUACUGCUAUCGCGAAGACAACUACAAGUGCAUGUGUAAAUGCUUAGCUCAGCAUCAACCCCUGGAGAAAAACUUCCUUUUCCCAACCCCCACUCGCUAA